GGGACAGAAACGAUGGACACCAUGCAGGAUGCUUCACCCUGCGCCUCAGGCCAGUGGCUGGCGGCUCUCCUGCUCACUCUCUGCUGCUUGUUGCCCACUUGCCUCCCGGCAGCUCAGAGCGUGGAUUUCCCCUGGCCAGCUGUGGACAACAUCAUGGUGCGACAGGGAGACACGGCCAUCCUCAGGUGCUAUCUUGAAGAUGUUGCUUCAAAGGGAGCAUGGUUGAACCGGUCCAGCAUCAUCUUUGCAGGGAAUGACAAAUGGUCCGUGGACCCACGGGUGUCAAUCGCAUCAGGUGGUAAACAGGACUAUAGUCUUCAGAUUCAGAAAGUAGAAGUCACUGAUGAUGGCCCAUACACCUGCUCAGUCCAGACUCAACAUAAUCCCAAGACAUCGCAAAUGCAUUUGAUAGUACAAGUUCCUCCAAAAAUUAUUGACAUCUCUACUGGCUCUGUUGUGAAUGAAUUCAGCAAUGUCACUCUUUUUUGUCUAGCAAGUGGAAAACCAGAGCCCACCAUAACUUGGAAGCAUAUAUCACCAUCAGCGAAAGAUUUUGACAGUGAAGGCGAAUACCUUGAGAUUACUGGCAUUACUCGGGACCAGGCUGGAGACUAUGAAUGUCUCGCAAACAACGAUGUGUCUUCUCCAGAUACACAAACAGUCCACAUUACAGUCAAUUACCCUCCCGCAAUAAUGGAAAUCAAGAGUCCUGGGAUGGUAGUGGGUAAAGGAGGAUUGUUGCGAUGCGAGGCUUUAGCAGUUCCUGCAGCAGCGUUUGAAUGGUAUAAAGGAGACAAAAAGUUGGCCUCUGGCAGGCAAGGGAUUCAAAUCACGAACUUCAGUACCAGAUCUAUCCUCACUGUUACCAACAUUACAGAGGAUCACUAUGGCAACUAUACAUGCGUGGCUGUUAAUAAGCUAGGGACAAGUAGUGCCAGUCAUUUUCUACACAUGCCAAGCACAGAGCAUUAUUGGAUCACCGGCAGUGCUGAAGUUAUUUUAUCCUGGUGGUGCCUGGUGAUGGCAUUAUCCUGUCUGGUCAGCACAUACUAGCAGAAGGGGAAAUGUGCAAGCUGCAGUGAACAAAAAAAACCACAAAGAAGUUCAAGAAUCUCUUCCAAGUGCUGGGAAUACAAUCUGGUACAGUUCAUUAAUGGAAAAAUGUGAGAAUCAACCAGCAGUACAAACACAGGGAUGUGAAACUUUCCUAGGAUUAAUGAUUCUAUAAAUGUCUAAAUUAUAUUCUUUUCAGGUUAUCAUCAAGUUCUAACAUAGAACUCAUGCUCUAUCAUGCUUCGUAGGCUGUGGAAGUUACUUUGAAACAUAUAUUGUAAUAUCUUGCAUAUAAGCUGCAACGCUUCACAAACUAGGUUAACCCUACCAAGGUGCUGAAUACAUGCAAGAAAGAUAUGGCACUUGCAUGAGAUUUCAUCAUCUAUAAUAUGAUUUAAUCUUCAUCAUUGUACUGUAAGGUCACAGGGCAUUCAGUGAAAAUGGACCUCUUGCGUCUAGUUCUGAAAUUUUAACAGAUAUGUUAAAAAAAACCUGAAUCAAGGAAGCCUAUUUGUACAAUAGAACAGACUGACAACAAGAGAAGCAUCCACCUCAAAUAAUCAUUUGUCAAAAUAUUAGAAUGAAUACCACAGGGAUACCCUUUGACACACUAUAGUUUUCUUCUAAAAUCCCAUGCAGUUGUAGAAUAAGUUUACUGGAGAAAAUUAGAACGAGUAGGUCAGUCAUCUAUCACGCUGUUUUAUUUUUCCCUUUCACAACACUCCCACACAUACACUUGAAGUGACAUUUCAGAUUGGGGAUCUCAUUUACAGAAAUGGUAUUCACUUCAUUUUUUUGUAAUUAUUUUGUUCAAUAGGAUUUCAGUCCUGCCCUCUCCCAUUGUAUUGUUAGAAUAAAUGGGGGGAGAAAACGUGAAAAUACUGGAAAUGUGAAAUUACACAAUCAUUCUUUGGAAAUAAACAGUAUGUAAGGAGGUUAAGGCAGUUUAACAUUUUAGGUGGGAACCUCCACAAGAGCUUUCUUUUCUAAUGGAAAAUCCCACCCAAAACUUUCUAUUUGUUUUUCAGCUGGUGACAACCAUUGACUUUAUUUCAAUGUAGAAUAAAAUGGCAUAAAGGCAUGAUUAUUUUUUUCACUCUAUUCUGUAUUUGAUGGUUGGCCUGAUAGUCCUCCCAGUUUAGUAUGCGGAUAGGCUCAUCCAGGCUGGCUGCUUUUGUGGCUUUGCUACCUAUUGUGUAGACUGUCUCUUUAACAGUAUUUCCAUCUAUAAGCUGUGACUUGUAUGAAGCUGCAGCACAUAACUACAUUUGUUUAUAUAUGAAAGAUAACAAGAAAUUAUUGUGGUUAUUUUUAAAUUCUAGCUCACCCUGAGACCAGGAAAGUGUAAGAAUGGAAGCCUCCAAUUUACAAGUUACAAGAAUGCUACCAUACACUUUCUUGACCAGAUGGCUGUGCAGCUAGUUGCAACAAAACAAAAAGUCAAAUCUAGGUUUCAGUACUUCAAAAAACAAUCUGUGCCAAACCUUAUAGCCUUUACACAUGCAUAGCACAACUUCAAUCGUAAUGGUGUUCAAUUAGCAUCUUCAGCACAGAAGCACGCAACAUAUUUAAGAUAUUAAUUUACUCCAACAAAAUUUUUGCCUACAAAAAUCCUGGAAUAAGGAGAAAAGAAAAUCUAAUGUUGUUAUUAAAGAACAAAAAUAACUAGUAAUUAUACAAUUGUACAAGGUUUGUGAGAUCUGGGGUUUACAGCAGCGAGAACAGCAAAGUGAUGUUCAGUAAGGAAUACCUUUACAAAAAUUCUGCAAUUACAAGUUUGAUUUAUUAAAGUGAAACUGUCUUCA